AUGAGUCGUGGAUAUUCAGAAAACAACAAUUUCCUGAACAAUAGCAACCAGAUGGUUUUGGACAUGAUCCUUUAUCCGCUAAUCGGAAUCCCUCAGACCAUCAACUGGGAAACGGUAGCAAGACUCGUGCCUGGAUUAACACCCAAAGAGUGUGCCAAGAGGUUUGACGAGCUGCAGGGCAGCGGGAGCUCACCUGUUGACAACCAGUACAGUCCCCUGAUGGCGGCCGGCGAGAGUCCUGUGGAAACGUUAGCCACUUACAUCAAAUCCUCACUUCUCGACACCCGGGGAGAAUUUCAGGAGGCUCCUGCCGGUCAGGAGGUGGCUUCUAAAUCGGGAAGACAUAGUAUAGCCUCCACAAGGAAUUGUUCUUCAGAAAGUGAAAAUUGUUCUUCUCAUAAUGGUGGAGAAAAGACUGAAGAUUCUGAAGGGCCGAAUAUGGUGAUCCAUGUAUGUGAUGAAGCUAAGAACUUGAAAGAAGAUUUUAUUUGCCCCCGCGACCUCUUGGUGUCAGAAAUGAAGUAUUUUGCUGAAUAUUUGUCCAUGGAUGCCCAGCGCUGGGAAGAGGUGGACAUUUCCGUUCACUGUGACGUUCACAUCUUCAACUGGCUGAUUAGAUAUGUUAAAAGGAACACCGAGGAGAAUAAAGAUUGUGAGAUGCCCACUUUAGAGCCAGGAAAUGUCAUUUCUAUUCUUAUUUCUUCAGAGUUUUUGAAAAUGGAUUCAUUGGUCGAACAGUGCAUUCAGUAUUGCCACAAAAAUAUGAAUGCCAUAGUCGCUACCCCGUGCAACAUGAACUGUAUUAAUGCAAAUCUUCUUACACGGAUAGCUGAUCUGUUCACCCACAAUGAAGUGGAUGAUUUAAAGGACAAGAAAGAUAAGUUUAGAAGUAAACUUUUUUGUAAGAAGAUUGAAAGGCUAUUCGAUCCUGAGUACUUGAACCCGGAUUCUCGGAGUAACGCAGCCACGUUAUACAGAUGCUACUUGUGUAAGAAACUUUUAACAAAGGAAACAGAAAGAAGAAUUUCUUGCAUUCCUGGAAAAAUCAAUGUGGAUCAACAUGGAAAUAUUAUCUAUGUUCACCUAAGAGACAAGACUUGGGAUGUUCACGAAUAUUUGAAUAGUUUUUUUGAAGAACUGAAAUCUUGGAGAGACGUGUACUGGCGUUUGUGGGGGACCAUCAACUGGCUGACUUGCUCAAGAUGCUCCCAAGCUUUUCUGUGCAUUGAAUUUUCGCACUGCCAGUAUCAUUCGGAGGCAGUGGUGUACCCCGCGGCAGCCAGUUCCCUGGGGACUGUGGGCACUGGAAUCUAUCCCUGCUGUAACCAGAAGGUUCUGCGGUUUGAUCCCACUCAGCUCACGAAGGGCUGUAAAGUGAGGGACCACGUGGUCUCCCUCUGUGAUGGAGGUGAAGGUGGGGAUAUGCUGUCCUGUCCGACCACUAGAAUACUGGACGAUCUGCUCAGUCACAAAGAUGUCGUUGUUGUGCCUUUUUCUAAAGAUACAGUUAGUGAUGCUGGUGUUGGCCAGUAUGAGGAAAAGGGUGUAGACUGUGAUGGUUUUCUGGAGCCAAAUAUGCCGUGGGGCCCCAGAACCGGGGAGCUCAAUGCUUUUCUGUCGCUGAAAAACUGGACUCUUCAGCUGAAACAGCAGUCAUUAUUUUCAGAAGAAGAAGAAUAUACCACUGGAUCUGAGGUCACUGAAGACGAAGUUGGAGAUGAAGAAGAAGUAUCCAAGAAACAAAGGAAAAAAGAGAAGCCAAAGAAGUUCACUAAGCAACCAAAAAAGCAGAUGUCUUCUUCACCCUGUACUCAGAAGAAAGAAAAGGCGGUGGAGAAGUCAGCUUCUAGAGAUGCAUCUCCCUUCAUUGUGAGUAUGCAGAAAAAUAAGUGGGAUGCCACGCGGUCCUUGCGAUUCAACCAGGAUGCCCAGAGAGAAGAUGAUCAGCGGCGGAUGUCUGAAAUUACAGGGCACCUAAUAAAAAUGAGACUGGGUGACCUGGACCGGAUGAAGUCCAAAGACGCAAAAGAUUUUGCAGGGGGCAUCUACACCAGACUGGAAGCCCAGAUCAAAGCCUCAGUGCCAGCCAGUGCUCGACAGAACAGCACCGAGAAGAACACAAGGUCUAAAUCUCGUUUUGCCCAGGGACGUCCUGCAUAA